UCAUGUCUUUUAUUUUUCUGUCUGUUUAUUUUCGCAAUGAGCCGCACGAAGAUACUUGCAAAAAUAAAUUUUAUUACCCGCAAAGCAAUGAGGUUAAACUAUUUAUACCUAAUAUAGAUCUUACGAUUAUACCUUAUUGGAUAUCUUAUAUAUUUAAACAGAUAGGAUGAGUCGAAGAUCACAAAACUAUCAAGAUCGUCAUGAUGAUCGUGAAGAUGACGACGAGGUUACUUAUGAUAUCAAGGGUCAAUUGCCAUUUACAACUCAUAAUACAUUAGAACCAUCUCAAAUCAUAAAAUUAUUUGAAUCAUCAUUUAAAGAAGUUAUUGAUUCCGAUGACUUAUACGAGCAUGUGCAGACUGUAAAGGGAGAUCUAUUCAAUAGAGAUUACAUCAGUGCUUUUGGAGAUGAAGAUAGAAGGUUAGCUUAUUUAGCUAGAUGGACCCCACCAAGAGCAUUGUGCUAUGCAUCAUUAUUUUCAUCAUUAACACCAAUAGUUGAAUUAUUCAAACAAACGGAAACUUCUUCAAAUGUGUUAUGUAUUGGUGGAGGUGCUGCUGCAGAAUAUGUUGCAUUAUGUUCUGUAUUCAGUAAAUUAAGAAAUAGUUCCAAUUCAGGAGAUUUAUCUUUACAAAUCAUUGAUAUUGCAGAUUGGAGUAAUAUAAUAUCAACAGUUGAAAAGUAUAUUAAGACCUAUUGGAUUCUUAAGGAAGAAAAAUUAAAGACUGAUUUCAUAUAUGAUGACAUUUUAAAGUUAAACACUUCUAAUGUUAAGUAUGAAGAACUUGAUUUAAUUACAUUAAUGUUCACUACUAAUGAAUUAUUUGCUGAAAAACGUCAAGAAACCAUAAAAUAUCUUAACUUACUUAACGCUAAAUGUAAAACAGGUUCAUUACUUUUGAUUGCAGAAAGUGCCGGUUCAUUUUCUAAUAUAACCAUCGGGACUAAAAAGUUCCCAGUUCAAUUUUUAAUUGAUAUGAUAUUAGUAGGAAAACAAGGCUCCAAUAGUGGACCAUGGGAAAUUGUUGAGGAAAGUGAAAGUUGUUGGUAUAGAGUAAAUACUAAGGAAGUUAACUAUGCAUUGAAAAUGGAGAAUAUGAGAUUUUUCUAUAGACUUUAUAGAAAGAAAUAGAUUUAAUCAAACGAGGUUUCGGUAAUUUGUUCAACAAACCGUUGUUGAAUAGCAGAUAGAAUACUAAAAUAAUACAUAGAGUCAUCUGAAUUAUCAUCAUUUAUAUUCUUCAAUGCAAGAUAUAAAUCAAAUAUUAAUUUUCUUCUCUUAAGAACAUAUGAAGUUUCAGUAACCUCCGUAUGACUUGCAACUCUUAACUUAUGAGCAAUAUUCUUUGCUUCCGUAAUGAGCGAUGCUGGGAAUAGCAUUGAUGAUUCAGCAUACUUAAUUCCAUAAUUCUCUAUAUCUACUUCGCCUCUAGUAACCUGGUAAUUCAUCUUAAGCUGAUCUUGA